AUGGCCACCUUGAUGUUCGGCUCCAGCGCUGGCAACACUUUCAACAAUCUACCCAACUUGUCCAUUGCGGAACAGUCGAUCAACCCAGCAGAGCUCCCAUGGCUUUCGGUCUUGACGCCUCCUUCCGAUCAAAAUCUCUACUCCCAAUCCCCCAACCAGUCCCUCCAAAAAGAAUCCUACCUACCACAUGAUCCAUUAGACCGCGAGAAACACGCCGGCGUGCGUCCACAACCUGUGCGCCGGACUCGUCGAGUCUCAUCUCACUCUUCCUCUUCCACCACCACCAACGAGAAUAUCAGCCCCGAGAGGGCCAAGCACCUGGAACGCAAUCGAAUCUCCGCCAACAAGUGUCGACUGAAGAAGAAAAAAGAACAUGCCCGAAUGGAAAGCAUUCUCCACACAGAGACCCGCAAGCGUGAUGCGCUACUCUCCGAAGUGGGACUGUUGAAGGAUGAGCUGUGGUAUCUCAAAAACAUGAUCUUCGAACACGCUCAAUGUGACAAUCCGCACAUCAAUCACCAAUUGGCCAUGAUGACGGAACAGGUCUUGAGCAAGAGUCCCAGCUCAGCUGCAAGUGUCUCGCCCGUCUUCACCACCAAGACCAAGCUCGACGGGGCCCUCUUCGAGGCAGUGGAGCAUGACAAACUCCCCAGCAAGUCGGUUCCUCCUCUUUCCUGCGAUACGAGUCAUGAGCCGGGUCUUUCAGACGUCAUGUUUGACAACCUGGUGAACAUUUUGGAGUAA